CUCAACUCAAUCUGCUUCCGGUGCCGCCGCCAACAGAUCCGCUUCUACAACAACGGCGACGGCCAACAAUGGCUCUCCGUCGUCGACAACCCCGCCAAGAUUGUCCGCACGGGACGUAAUCACGGUCCGGGUCUGAUUAUUCUGGCCCUAAUCCCCAUCAUCGCCUUCGGUCUCGGCACAUGGCAAAUCCAACGGCUGGACCAAAAAACCAAAACCAUCGCGAAAUUCGAAGACCGCCUCAUCAAGCCCCCCUGCCGCUACCACCCCGCGUCGACCCCGAUGCGAUCUCCGAGACACCUGCGCCAUGAUCAGGAGAUGCUGGUGGGGCCGCGGAUGCGCGAGGGUGAGGAUGGCUUCUUUGUGAUCACGCCGUUGGAGCGCGAGGGCGAGAGCACGAUACUUGUGAACCGCGGGUGGAUUUCGCGCAAGAUGAUGAAUCAGAAGGAUCGCGAGGAGGGCCUGCCGAGGGGGGAGGUCGUGGUGGAGGGGUUGCUGCGGGAGCCGUGGAAGAAGAAUUAUUUCACGCCUGACAAUAAGCCCGAGGAUGGGAAGUUUUAUUUCCCCGAUGUCCAGCAGAUGGCGGAUUUGACGGGGAGUCAGCCCGUUUGGAUUGAGCAGACUAUGGUCCCGGACCUGGUGGAGGCCUAUACCCGCGAGGCCAAGGGUAUUCCGAUCGGUCGUGCGGCGGAAGUCAACUUGAGGAAUAACCACAGCCAGUACAUCUUCACAUGGUGAGUUUUGUCCGCCCUGGCUGGUAUCCAACAUACGACCCGGUGACGGGGCUUUGCUGAUGCGCUGCAGGUACGGCUUGUCUCUGGCAACGUCCAUCAUGCUGUGGAUGAUCAUUCGCAAACGGCCCAACGAGGCCGUCCGUCGUGUUCGUGCAAACCGGAACUGGUAGUGUUGUCGUGCGCGUGGUCCCGCAUUCAAUCAUGGCGUUCGGCUUGUAUCUUAUAGGAUUCGUGUACAUGUAUCAUUCACGGGGGCAUCGCCAAUCUCAUGUCUUGCAGGAGCUCCUUG